GAGGAAAUUUCCUGGACACUUUGUCGCGCUAAUGAAAGGCUACUGCGCCCGGCCAUCCUUUCCCCCAUUUUUUCUCGACGUUUCAUCAGCAAGCGCAGGCAGCCUAGGGCUUUUUGCCGAUCUGCGCCUAUCAGAAUCGAUCAAUCCAUCAACCCAAAAGAGUGGAAAGGUGGAGGGAAAUCUGGAACAUUGGCCAUCUGCAGACGCACACCAACGGGGAAAGAAUGAGACAGAGAUAGUUGAGAUGGAGAAGAAGCGUCAAGUACAGUCAACCGUCGGAAAUGCUUCUAUUGCGCCAGGCUUCUAUAGCCGCCAUUGAUUGAAAGUAGGCUCGCCUUGGAGACAAAGGUCACCGUUCAUUACCCGUCCCCCUGCUUUUGUUCUCGCCCUCGCCCACUCCAGCCCUCCUCUCCAUCGCAUUACCGCACAACACAGCAUGGACGACGACUACGGGACUGGUGUUCCCGAUGCACGGGCACCUUCUGGCUCGCAUUCAUACCACUGCUCCCACAACAGAUCAUACUCCGAGGCGCCCCACGACGUCGCCCACUCUUCGGCGACCUCGUCAUUUGCAAGCGACCAACCUCUCACCGCCGUCCUCGGACAUCACCCUCACCAUCCUCCCCAUUCUUGUUCCCCCGUUCACAUAAGACACCAUGCCAUCUCAACAGCCCGCGUGCCUCACAGCAGAGUGUCCUCUGCCGGGCACUAUGGCACACAUGCAGACGAGAUCGCCUAUGCCAUGUUGGCAGUCGUCAUCGGUAGAGCAAGUGCCAGUGACCUCAGAACUGUAAUCGGCAAAAAGAGAACAAGGUGUGGUAUGAUUGUGCAGAACGAGCGGCGGCCUAAUAUACAAACAAGGAGAAGUAGCAGCGUGGCGUCCGUGAAACGUCCACAUGGCAGUCCAACCUCGCAAACAUCGUUUAAACUGUUAACGCUCGACCCUCGAACUUUGCCAACACUUCCUAUCCCACUUCCACCUGUUGAUCAUAUCCUUGAUCCUCCAAAAGAUGGAGAUUUCUUCUCUUCUUUUAUUCCUCCAGAAAAAAGCGGAUGGUAUGACAGCAUUCCUAGAAGCUCCAGUGCUCCGAGCGUACCUUUUCUGGCUCUGGAAAGACGGGGGAGCAAUGCGUCCCUCACCAGUGCGAUGUCUGUUGACACCCAUUUGGUCGCGCAGAAAACCUUUCUUAAUGCUAGCCAGCCUCACGACCAUGAUGCGCCACGCAUCAUACGAUAUAAUCCACUCGAGCCAUUAAUCUCCUCUCCCGAGACCGCUACUUUCGACCAUCGCGCAGCUACGCCUCAAACGCAUCAAGCAAUGCUGGAUGUUCGCCAAUCUGAACCUCAUGGGCGGUACAAUACUUUUGAGCUCAUGGCUCAUGAUUCAGCAGGCGUAACAUCCUACCUAGAUCCCGAUUUAUCGGCGACCUUUCGUAAGCGCAUGGCCGAAUCGAGCUCGUCAAGAAAUAAUGACGGAGAUGCACGAGUGAUGGGGCCGGAUACAAUGGGAGUUUCGUCAGAUAAUGCUUGGGUCGGUGAAAGCAGAAGUGGAAAAGAGGUAUUUUCAGAGUCGGAAUGGACGUUUGAAGAGCCAAUCUUGAAGGCCAUGGGAGAUGCGGUGCGGGGUAAGAUCGAAAUGAUAAAGGAAAUUGAUCAUUACCAUGUAGCAGAAUAUGGGUGUCACAAAGAGACCCCAAACCCAAUAAUUGCCGAAGUUAUCGAAUCUCUUUGCCUUCGCUCAACUAGCAAAUCGCCCAAAGUAUUUUCCGUCACUCACCAAGCCAAUCCUGAUUUCGACACUCGCGCCCUUCAAUAUAAUCUGGCAUCCCAAGCCUCUUCAUACCGCAAGAUUGGCAAGCUGCCAUUAGCCCCUUCCCCCCUUAUACUCACAUCAUUCUCCUUUGCAGGAUUUACGGAGAAUGCCUUACCUGCUGACACAGUCGACUUUGCUCUCUGCGCUGGAGAAUUAAGCAAGCUACAAGGGGAAAUAUCACCAAGGCCUUUCUCCGCGUUCGCCAGCCAAGCAGAUGAAAAGGAGAAGCAGGCAAUAAAGGAUUUGGUAGACUGGUUAGAAGCGAAAUCAAGAGAAGUGAAAAAGGGAGGCAUCUUGGUGUGCUGGAUGGUAAUCAGGACCCGACAGCCCCCUGAAAGUACAUCUUCUUGUGAUUCUCUACCGCAUCCCCCAAAAGCGUCGCCUUACCGUGCCCCGGCCUCUUUCCCCAACUCUCCAAAUAUCAACCUAUUUACCCCCCAUCCUCACGCUCCUCUCACAGAGAUUCAUCCGUCCAUCUUGCCACAUCAGAACCACCACCUUACUCCCUCUACACAAUCCACACUGCCGACAAGAUACCGCACUGACAUAUUCCAACUCAUCAGUCAAGCUCUCAGCCCUGCGAUUCAGAGCUUGGUGACAUUGGGCGAGAUCAGAACGCACGUCGCACCAGCGCUGGUUGAUAUACCUUACUGGCCCAGGACAUUGGCUAGUGUGCAGGCCGCUCUGGGCCAGGCAGAGGAUUGGGAAGUCAUCAUUGACCGGGAUGAAGUGAAUGAAGACGAAACGGGGGAUAAUUUGGAACAUAUGUUGGAUGACAUGGAUGUCGACAGUUCUUCUCCAAUUUCCAAGGACUCGGAGGGCUUUGACGUUGAUAAGCCACUCAAGGCGUCUAGCAGAGCAAAGACAGCAGCUGAGAGUCACUAUCCCCCUGAAGAGGUUCGAGAAUGGGCACAAGCAGGUGUCAGGAUUCACAGACUGAUGCACCCAGCUUGGAAGGCUUUUCACCAGGGGAGGAUUGACCGGCAGGCUUAUGCCAGGCGAAUUGCGACGUACUGUCACUCCGUGUAUGGACCGCAUCUAAAAAAGGUAUUGAGGGAAAAGGGACGAAUGGACAUUAGUCAGUGCGAGAAUACUGUACAAGAGAUGUUUAAGAUACUCGCUGAAAAGUGCGAACUUGGCGCGCUUAGUGCACUUGCGAUAGACAUCGGCGUGAUAGUCCUUCGCCGUAAAUAAUUGUCUGAUUCGGCCACUCGUGCGCCCACAUGCUUUAUUUUCCACCUGCUGUAUUUCAUCUCAAUUUCCAACUUCUGCGCAUUACUAGAUGUUUUUUUACAUUACUAGACAUUUUUAGAAUAGGAGUACAAAUGUGCUUUCACCUGUUGAAGAUAAAUUAGGUUUGUGGACGAAAACGAAUGCUCCAGGAUUGCUGUGUGUGCAUGCAAACAUUCAUAGACAG